AAGAUGGAGGAGCCACGCUUCAGAAAGAGCCGGAGUUCAACUUCUCUCCAGCCGGCCGCCGAGCAGGAUCCUGACCCCCCCCCUCACUGGUUCCACACGCUGCAGGUCCGGCGCUUCAGAGUCCAGCGAGGACGCAGCAACAGUGACCCGCUGGGAGGACCCGGAGCCCCGGAGACCUUCACCUGGAAACCGGGCCUGGAGUUCGGAGCGGCUCAUUCCUACCUGAGUCUGGAGAAACUGGGAGAAGGAGCUUACGCAUCGGUCUACAAAGGAAUCAGCAGGAUCAAUGGUCAGCUGGUAGCUCUGAAGGUGAUCCGUAUGAAGACAGAGGAGGGAAUCCCUUUCACCGCCAUCAGAGAAGACACUCUCCUCAAAGGUCUGAAACACGCCAACAUCGUGGUCCUCCAUGACAUCAUCCACACACAGUCCCUGACCACACAAUCACUUAUGUAUUGUGUGUGUUUGGUGUUGCAGCAGACAGACCUGGCCCAGUACCUGAGUGAACACCCGGGAGGACUACACUCACACAACGUCAGGCUGUUCCAGUUCCAGCUGCUGAGAGCUCUGAGCUUCAUCCACAGCCGUAGGAUCCUCCACCGAGACCUGAAGCCCCAAAACCUGCUGAUCAGCUACCUGGGGGAGCUCAAGAUGGCCGACUUCGGUCUGGCUCGGUCCAAGUCCAUCCCGAGCCAGAGCUUCUCCUCCGAGGUGGUGACGCUGUGGUACCGCCCCCCCGAUGUCCUGCUGGGAUCCACAGACUACUCUACAGCUCUGGACAUCUGGGGGGCUGGCUGUAUCCUGGUGGAGAUGCUGCAGGGAGUGUUCGGGAGUCUCCCAGCUGCCCCCACAGACCAGAGGACAGCUACUCAAACGGGAGUCUCCCAAAUGCCCACAAACACACUAAGACCAGAGUGGUUCCUCCACUCGGAGCCCAAGCAGUUCAGGAGCGUCUGGAAAAGGCUGGAGCAGCUGCCCUAUAAGACGGAGGAUCUGGUCCAGAGGAUGCUGACGGUUGUCCCCGGCGACCGUAUCUCGGCGCAGGCGGCCCUGCAGCAUCCGUACUUCAGCACGCUGCCGACUCCCAUCAUGCACCUGAGAGACACCGUGUCCAUCUUCAAGGUGCCCGGUGUGCGUCUGGAGACGGAGGUCAGAGACACCUUCAACCGCGGACGCAGACUCAAACCCUCGCUGUUGCCCGGCAACGCCAAGUUCUGGUGACGAGACGCUAACACGCGGCUAGCAGACAGCUAGCAGACGGCUAGCAGAGAGGAACAAGCCCUCGGAGAGAAACACGGGCAGAGUGGACACUUACAACAUGUCUGAGGGGAUUUGAACGCACCAUAAGUAGACUUUCUGCAUCCUCUAACCACACACAUGCACACACGCACAUACAUAGACACACACAGAGAAACAUAUAUACACACAG